AUCACAAUUUGCAGCCAUGGAGAAAAAGCUUUAUUGCAUUUUUGCAUUCCUCACCAUAACCUUCCAAAUGCUUUCUACUGAAGCCAAACAACCUAUGAGCCUUGCAACUGAUCAAACUGCCCUUCUUUCACUCAAACUACACAUCACCUCCGACCCUUCUCUUUUACUUUCAACUAAUUGGACCAAUUCGAGCUCCGUCUGCAGCUGGAUUGGCGUCACUUGCAGCUUACGCCACCAAAGAGUAACUGCGUUGAAUCUCUCCAACAUGGCUCUCUCCGGCACCAUUCCACCACAGCUCGGACACCUCUCCUUCCUCGUUUCCCUCGACCUCACAAGCAACCUUUUCCAUGGAGAUUUGCCUCAAGAGCUUUCUCUCCUUCGCCGUUUGAAGUUCAUAUCUUUCCGACUCAACAACUUCACCGGAGACAUUCCUCCGAUGUUUGGUCAGUUACCAAAAUUAGAGUACUUGAAUUUACGCAACAACAGCUUUGCAGGUUUCAUCCCAAAAUCGCUCUCAAACCUAACAAACCUCCAAUUUCUUGACUUAACUUCCAAUUCUCUAAGUGGAGAAAUACCAAAUGAGUUGGGGAGGCUUCAAAGUCUACAAAUUCUGUCUGUUCAAUACAAUCAUCUAUCGGGUACUAUACCAUCGGCCAUAUUCAACAUAUCUACCCUUGUAGCUAUAGGUUUCACAGACAAUGAAUUGAGUGGAAGUCUGCCAACAGACAUGUGCCGUAAUCUUCCAUCUUUUACUGGGCUUUAUCUUUCUGAUAAUCAGCUGAGUGGCGCAAUUCCCACAAAUCUAUCUCAAUGUUCACGACUUGAGGUUUUGGACCUCUCUGGAAACUCUUUUAGUGGGCAGAUACCUUCAGAAAUCGGCUACUUAACAUCUCUUCAGAUUUUAUAUCUCGGUGGUAACAAUUUGAAUGGUAUACUACCACAUCAGAUUGGCAAUCUUCAGAGUCUGAUUAGUUUUGGUGCUGAAAAGAAUGAGAUCAGGGGCUCGAUUGAUUUCAGUAUUUUCAUGAAUAUGUCUUCUCUGCAAACCUUACUACUUUGGCGCAACAAAUUCACGGGGAAUCUUUCAAGGGAUGUCGGGAAUAUUACAACGCUCACAAAUUUGGAACUAUCAGAAAAUCAUUUUACAGGGCUUAUUCCCUCUGAAUUUGGCCAACUUUACCAACUGGAGACAUUAAAACUAUAUGUGAACAGCUUGAGUGGUUCAAUUCCAUCAGAGCUCUUUAACUCAACUCUUCGGAUUCUUUUACUUGCUGAGAAUGCUCUGUCAGGGGUUCUUCCAACCCAUUUAUGCCAUGCUUCUCCCUUUCUUGAAAAACUUAUUCUUAGUAAAAAUUCCAUUAGUGGAGCAAUACCCAAUUCUAUCUCUAACUGUUCUCAACUCACAAUUCUCUCACUUUCUUACAACAAAUUCAAUGGUUAUAUACCUACUCAUCUUGGCAACCUACGACAUCUCCAAAUUCUUUCUCUGUCCAGCAGCAAUCUUACCCAGGCACCGUCUUCUUCCAUCAUUACUUCAUUGACAAAUUGCAAGUCUCUAACUCAGUUGUUAAUUGAUGAUAAUCCUCUAUACGGCAUCAUUCCUGCUUCUUUCGGGAACUUAUCUUCCUCCCUUCAAAAAUUUUAUGCCUAUGACUGCAAAUUCAGUGGCAGCAUUCCUGUUGAAAUAGGCAAUCUAAGCAAUUUGAUUGACUUGGAUUUGCAAGGCAAUGAGUUAUCCGGUAAUAUUCCACCAACUAUUAGACAUUUGCAUGAACUUCAAGGAUUAUAUCUGUCUGAAAACAUGUUGGGAGGCUCUAUUCCACAGGUUAUAUGUGAUCUAAUCAACCUCAAUACUUUAUCUUUUAGCCGGAAUCAAUUUUCUGGUCGAAUUCCGGAAUGUCUGGGAAAUGUCUCUUCCUUAAGAAAUCUUUUUCUAGGCUCCAACAUUUUGAGUUCAAGCAUACCGUCAAGCUUGUGGGGCCUAAAGGAUUUGAAUUCUCUAGACUUGUCCUCGAAUUCAUUGAAUGGGUUCUUACCUGAAGAGAUAAGUAACUUAGGAGGAGCAAUUUAUAUAAACCUAUCGAUGAAUCAGCUGUCAAAGUCUAUUCCUAACUCUAUUGGGAAGUUACAGAAUUUGGUUAAUUUGUCUUUGGCAAAUAAUAGGCUAGAAGGUUCUAUUCCUGUGUCUGUGGGGAGCAUGAUCAGUUUGAUAACUCUUGAUUUGUCUUACAACAACCUCUCUUCUUCAAUUCCAAAGUCUUUGGAAGCACUUCAACACCUCGAAUACUUUAAUGUUUCUUUCAACAAUUUAAGUGGAGAAAUUCCUAAUGGUGGAUCUUUUAGAAACUUCACUAUGGAUUCUUUUAAGGGUAAUGAGGCAUUGUGUGGAAUCCCCAAGUUCCAUGUUCCGAUUUGCCGUGUAGUUUCUAAUCACAUAUCAAAGAGGAAGAAGGUGGAAAGAGCUUCAUUUAUUGUUUUAGGGGUUGUUUCUAUUAGCUCAGUUGUUUCUGUGGCCUUCAUAGCUGUCAGAUACAAAAGGAAAGCUAAGACAACUAGAGAAGUUGAUGAGCUAAUAUCGAUUGUGCCUGAAAGAAUCUCUUAUUAUGAAUUGCUGCAAGCAACAGAACAAUUCAAUGAAAGCAAUUUACUUGGCAGUGGGAGUUCUUGCUCUGUUUAUAGAGGAAUUCUUACCAAUGGGAAUGAUAUCGCAGUCAAGGUGUUUAAUAUGCAGUUAGAAGGCAUAUCAAGAAGAUUUGAUGUCGAAUGCGAGGUACUACGUAGCAUUCGACACAGGAACCUGACCAGUGUCAUAAGCAGUUGCUCCAAUGAAGAGUUCAAGGCAUUAGUACUUGAAUAUAUGCCAAAGGGAAACCUUGAAAAAUGGUUAUAUUCUCACAACUAUUGCUUGAAUCUGAUGGAAAGAUUGAACAUAAUGAUUGAUGUUGCAUCUGCUUUGGAGUAUCUUCACCAUGGUUAUUCAUAUCCCAUUGUCCACAGUGACUUGAAGCCGAGUAAUGUGUUGCUAGAUGAAGACAUGGUAGCCCAUCUAAGCGAUUUUGGGAUAGCAAAGUUGUUAUGUGAUGGAGAUAGCUCUGUGUUAACCAACACGCUAGCAACAUUGGGUUAUAUUGCUCCAGAGUAUGGUUCGGAAGGGCUAGUUUCGACAAGGUGUGAUGUGUAUAGCUACGGAAUAAUGCUAAUUGAAACAUUUACGAGAAAAAGGCCUAGUGAUGAUAUGUUUUGCGGAGAUAUGAGCUUAAAGAGAUGGGUAGAAAUUUCACUUCCAAAUAUCCCAGUUGAAGUGAUAGAUGUCAACUUAGUCAUGAAUUUGGAAGAAGAACAAAUUGACAAGAAUCUGCAGUGUGUAUCAUCCAUAUUUGAAUUGGCUUUGAAAUGCUCUGCAGACUCUCCCGGGGAUAGAAUCAACAUGAAACAAGCACAUGUAGAGUUGCAGAAUAUCAAACGUCGAUUUUUUCAAUGAGAUUCAAUGGAGAACCUUGAAAAUGGAGCAGGAAGCAGCAAAUUAAUUAAGGAGUUGGAAAAUGAUGGCGGCGUCAGCGUAGGUUGAAGUUUGUUUUAGCUGAGUUUACUUUUUCCGAAUAAGUCCUUGUUGAUUAAAUACUGUAGGUCUGUUUUAUUUGAACUUGUCCUUUUUCUUAUGAUAACAUGAGCAACUUGGCCCAUAUGGGAAUUUAGAUGUUAUUCCGUUGAGCUACAUGGGCUGGCAAAAUUGGUCAUAGCCCCAAUUUUACUCUUUAUAGUCUCCUAUAUAAAAUAAUAAUAAAUAAUAAUUAUAAAUUUAUUAUUUUGCCCUCUAGUCUAUAGCCCCUAAUAAUUAUAUUAAAAUCAAUCAUCUUCUAAUUUUAUCGAAUAUCCCUGAAGGGACUCAAUCAUCACAUUUCCAAAAUCCACAUUUCACUUUUUUCCAACAAGAAUUGUAUUCCAACAAAAAUGGUGGGUGAAAAAAAAUCCUAAGACUUAACCACUGAAACCGUAGAGCGUCCUGCCCUGCCUCUUGAGAGCAUAGACGACAACUAUGGCGGUUUGUUGUUCUUCAUCACAUUUUAGAAGAUCUUCUUCAUUUGAUUUGUUGUUCUUCAUUACAUAUAGGCAGCAAAAUAGAAUGAAAAUGCAAAGCCCAAUCCCAGAAAACAAAAAAGUAAAUCAAAAGGCUAGCUCAUUCAUCAUGAUUCACGAGAAUUGGGAUUAGCCACCCCCCAGAAGCUUCGAAGGUGGAGCUUCAGCGGCAGCUGCAUAAUCGUCCUUUCCACGGCGGUGGUCGCGCUGAUCGUUGUCGCCGUCCUCACCCGGGUGGCGCUGCCAUUGCAUCCUUGCUGAUUCUCUUCUUAUACAGGGUGUGAUGCCGGAGAAUCAAUGACGAUGACAGCAUAAGGUUUGUCUAAGGGAGGACACCCGGCAGCCGGCGGCGGACUGAGAUUGAUUGUUGAGGUUGAGAUUGAUGAUUAUGUAUUUGGAGUUGGAAAAUGAUGGCAACAUGUUUUUAAGUUUGGGUAGCUCUUUAACAACAUCAUUUGGAGAUGCUGAAGAUGGGUUGGCAAAAUU